CUCAUCAUUCUUUUCUUCUUCUUUCUUAACAUUUCCACAAACCACUAAACACUUAAAAACUCACCUGAACAAACCAUACACUACUCCAUUCUCAUCCACAAGCAAAACUAAAAUGGCACGACCACAACAACGUUUCCGAGGUGUUAGACAAAGGCAUUGGGGUUCUUGGGUCUCCGAGAUUCGUCACCCUCUCUUGAAAACAAGAAUCUGGUUGGGAACAUUUGAGACCGCGGAAGAUGCGGCAAGAGCCUACGACGAGGCUGCGAGGCUAAUGUGUGGCCCGAGAGCACGUACCAAUUUCCCAUACAACCCUAAUGCAGUUCCUACUUCCUCUUCCAAGCUUCUCUCAGCAACUCUCACAGCCAAACUCCACAAAUGCUACAUGGCUUCUCUUCAGAUGACCAAACAAACGCAAACGCAAACACAAACUCAUAACUCAAGAUUACGAACCACGGAAACUGACGGGGACAACAUCAAUGGCGUGAUGGCCAAUGGGAACCAGUUUAACAGAGGAGGAGGAGGAGGAGGAGGAGUAAAAGCAGAGACGACGGAGAUCAAGUGGGAAGAUGGAAACAUGAACAUGGAACAGAACUUUAGUCCCUUGGAGGAUGAUCAUAUCGAGCAAAUGAUUGAAGAGCUGCUUCACUACGGUUCCAUUGAGCUUUGUUCUGUUUUACCAACUCAGACGCUUUAAAGAAACGGCCCUGUCGUUUUAGCGUAUUCUUUUUAUUUUAUUUUCAGCAAAACGGCGUCGUUUGAGUAGUAGUGAAGAGAAGAAAAAGGCUAAUUUCCCCCAAAAGACAUUUUGAUCUGAAUUGGCCUCUUUUGAAACACUGUGAUUCUAGUUUCUAUAAGAGCAAUC